AUGAGCCACGGUGGAGUUAGUGGUGCAGUGCGCCGACAAUUGCGACUCAAGGCGGAGAAUGUGAUGGGGCCUGAUGGUGCCCCUAUGCAAAGGCAGCACCCACAGGAGAAGCAGUGGCGGAGGUUGGGUGUGCUGAUUGAUGAUAUUAAAUGUGCGGAAGCAUAUGUCAGGUUUCUUUGUGAGAGAUUGCUUGACCAUUGCUAUGAUGAUAUGGAGUUCAUGACCAAAUUUAUUUAUAAAACUGCCCUCCAACGACUUGAAGUUGUUGCAAAAUCCAAGUUUCACAGAGUCACUUACACUGAGGCAGUUGCCAUUCUUGAGGAAGUAGCGAAACUCAUAGAUUUCCCCCCAAAUUAUGAUAACGGAUACUUGACUGAAGAGAAGUUCAAAGCACCUAUUAUUGUCUAUAACUAUCCAAAAGCAAUCAAAGCCUGGUAUAUGAAGGUCAAUGAAGACGAUAAAACUGUUGUUGCAAUGGAUGUGCUUGUACCUAAGGUGGGGGAACUUAUUGGUUGUAGCCAAAGAGAAGAGAAUUAUGACGUUCUCAAGCAAAGGCUUCGCUUUAAGCAUCAUAAGCAGUUGUUAGAAAAGGAUUAUUGA